AUGCGAUACUCUAAAGGACCAUAUCAGGGUAAUUUGCUUUUACCAUUUUUACAAAACAAAGCUUUGGAUUUUGUAAAUUCAACCCUUUACAAAGCAGGUCAAAGUUCAAGCUCAUUGAUUCAAAAUAAUAAAACACUUCAAAAGCAAAUAACCAAAUUAGAACUCCGUGCUACAGCUCGUAAGCCAUUAUUGGUUGAUUCACAAACUCUCAAAGAAGCAAUCAAAGCAAUUAUUAUGAAAAAUAAAUCUCAAUAUACAACUGAGUUUAUUAAUGCAGCAACACAGGUUUCUCAAGUCGGCCAAAUCUCAUUUCGAAGUACUGUUCAAACUAAACAAAUAAUUUUAAGAUUUCUAACUGGAGAAAGUUUACCCUUAUCAUUUUCAAUACAAUCCGUCAUUUGCUGGAAUAAGGAGAUCAGUGAAAUGCAUGUAAAUGAAAUUUUUGAUCAGGGUAAUAGCUCUGAGUUUCAUGCUUUUGGUAUAAUGGCAGAUGAAUCAACAAGAGGUCAAAAAAAUUUUUUCAUUAUUUGUUUAAUAUUUUGUAAUUAUAAGAAUAACGCUCCUGAUUUUCAGCUAAUUGAAAUGAAGAAUUUAGAUAAUUGUACUGGAAAAUCUGUUGCACAAGCAAUAUAUAACACUUUUGAAAUAAAUUCUCACCAAUGCUUGACUUUUGUAUCUGAUAAUACAAAUUAUAUGAGUAAUAAAAUUGGAGGAGCAGUCGCAUUAUUUAAUAAAUUAACUGGAGAAAUAUGUUUUGGAAAAUUACCUAGCAUAAGUGGACUUUCACAAAAGAAACUUCCUGAAAAUCUUCUAUAUUUAACUUUGGAGAUCCAUGAUAGCUAUAAUAAAAGUAAUAAAGAAACUCCAAUGGGAAUUAAUUCUGAUCAUAUUCGUAUGCUUUAUCAAGAACGAAUUCAAUAUAAAUUACCUAAAUAUCAACAACCUCUUAGAACUAGAUGGCUUUAUGAAUUAACAUGUGCAGAACAAUAUACUCCAGAUAUUCUUCGUUCAUUUCUAGUUUUACUUAAUAAUUUUUAA